AAGUGUGUUAGCGUGUUGCUUGUUGUCGUUGCCUUGUGAGAUCUCGCCUUCACCAAGGGAAUGAGGGUCUAUAGCUGACUACAAUCGUCGGUUGCGUCUCUCACUCCUACAUCCAACAAUUUGACUUGACAUUACGACAACGACGCUCCAACUUGCACAAAACCUGCCAAUAGUUUACCCACAUCAAGAACCUGUUCGACAACUACUUCCAAGAUGCCUUCGGAAGCAGAGAACAUCAAUUAUUUAUACUUGGUCCUAACCAACGAUGGCAGUCCUGUCAUCGAUUGGGAUGCCGUCUCCGCAGCGCUCGAGCUCAACAAAGGCGCAGUGACAAAGCGAUGGUCGCGUCUCAAGCAGUCCAUGGAUAGGAACGAAGUCCCCGGAGGUACAGCAUAUCAGUUCCUUUGGCUUUGUGUGAAGCACCACAAGCGAACUCAGCCCCCGAACUGGAGCGAUAUCGCAGCUAAGGCCAAUACUACUUCUGGAGCUGCAUCCAAGCGCUACUCCCGCAUGAAGAAGGUAUUCGAGGACAACGACACCGUUCCCAAUGCGGGCACUCCUCGCUCGUCUGUCAAGAACACACGCGCGAAGGCCAAGGCUACUCCGAAGUCCCCCGUCAAGAAGCCUCGCAAGGUCACCACUUCCUCCAGCGACGACCAGGACGACGUUCAGACUACUCCGGUUAGUAAGCGCAAGCGUGCCUUGCCGAAAAAGAAGGUUGCCGCAACCGAUGAGGAAGCCGAGAUGAAGCAUGAACCAGACGACGAGGGCAAAGACGAGGACGAUGAUCUCCUAGAUACCAAGCCCAAGCGCGCAAAGGUCGGCAAGAGCAAGAUCAAGGUCAUCCCCAAGCCCAAGCCCAAGGAUAUCGUCAAAAAGGAGGAUGCCGACGGCGACGGCGAGGAAUCUUUCGUCGACGCCCAGGAAUCGCUUGACUACCAGGAAGAUGCUCAGGAAGUCCACCACGACAGCUACGCCGUUCAUGACCCGGUGACUUCAUGUAAGCUACAUACGCUAGUUGAUGUGGAUUGUUCCAACGGUUGCGCGCAAUGCACCUGCCACGCCAAAGAAAUCUCUCACGUACUCAUGAGUAGGGACUCUGGGAUGGCUCAUUCACAGCGCGUAGAGCUUAAGGAGAUGGUCGGGAACAUGGGUUGAGGGUUCUUUUCAUCUUUACCGAGGACUUUGGUGGCACUCUGCGGUAUGCAUUACAUGGAAUUUGGCGUCGGACGGAAUACGGUGCAUAGCGAUGGCGUGAACUGCGUUCGAGGGAAAAAUGCAUUCAAUCCUUGUAUUUGAUAUCGGAUAGGGCGUUCGAAUUCUGGAAGUGCUGAGCUGAGAACAUUCUCCCACGCCCUUCAUACAGUCAGUUCGUGAUGCUUUCUCACGAGCCCCUCAAUUACGGUGUCAACAC